CAGAUGGCCAUUCACAACAUUGCGGUCGUCUGACAGAGGCGGGCGCGUGCAGAAAUUUUCCUACACGAUUUUUAUUUACUCUGUGUGCCAGGAGAACUUGCAGUGUAGCACAGACAUCAAAGUAUAUUUCAUAUCCUGACACCGUUAUUGUUCAUGCCGGUCUAGAUUCAACAGCUUGGGUAGACGGUAUAUUCAGCGGCUGUUGGCGUGGUUGUCUGUGAAAAUAAUUUGUUGACACGGUUCGUUGUUUCCUCGACUCCUUUUCUACAGUCACCUAUCAUUUCAGUAGUCUUCCAUCGUUCCACUACCGUCCCCUAUCUGCCCUGACAACUGAAGUUUAACCGUGCGUAUCUUCUACGGGACAAGCUGAAAUAAACAUUUUUAUUCGGAAACAAGUUACGAAGAAGAUGGCAGAAUACAACCAGUAUCAUCCCAAGUACGCUGUCGACAUUCGGUCUCUGUUGUCCGGUGGCAGUGACGACCAACUACCCUUAGAUGAAGAGGGCUGGCCUGAGUGGGGAGCCUACCGUACGCAUCCGGCCCGCAUCAGGAAGCCGGUAGAUCCCACAUCCAUCCGACGGGUAGAGAACGCGAUCUUCCGUAAGUGGUGGCUGGAGCAGCCCGAGCUAGGCCUGAAGGACAGCCGUGGGGAGUCGCCUGAAUCUAUCUCCACGGGCGGCAGCGAGUAUGACGCCGAGGAUGAGGUGGAGUGUACUGUUAGCGGGUCGGACAUGGGAGACGUCCCCACCGAGUACAGCGUCUCUGGAAUCAGACGGCACGAAAUGCCAGUUAUAGGUACCUACGUUCACAAGACCAUUCUACCUGGCUUUCACUACAAGGUUCGCGUGUUGAACACUAAAAGGUUCCUAUUUGGCGGCCGAGCUCUGAGACUGCAAGAGGUGGGACGAGGUUAUGGGAAGCGCAUCACCUUUCAGGGUGACAAGCUGAACAAGAACAGCAACUACUUCUGGUCUGAUUCACAUCCCAACGGCUUUGGCUUCAGCAUCGUGGCCGUCAAUACUAACGACGAGUACACUCUAUGCAGUAUGGACGGACGACCCAUCGGCAAGGUACAUGUAGGGAGCGUCCCUCUACCACAACGGGAGGUCGCUUCUGAAAUCGUGGACGGUAAAGCCAUCAAAAGAGUCCUAGUGACCAUGACGUGCACAGUACAGUAUGAAGAAGAACGGCACGGUUUUCGCUCUAUUCUUCAAGAUGAAGACUUUGUUGUGACGGGGAUAGCCUUGGUGGAGAAGGACAAGGGCUCCCGACAAGCACAUCUUAAAACAAUCGAAGAUAUCACACUGCCUAUCAUCGGCAGGUGUUUCUUCAGUAACUAAGGCUAAACGGCAUAUUAUCUUCUCAAGUUGUCCCGAUGGUUGAUAGGUUAAGUGUACGUUAUGCUGAAUAUGCUUUCUGUAUGAACCUAUUGAAAUGUUAUGUAUAUAUAGUAUCACAAAUAUAAAGCAUGUUGUAUUUUGAGAUAGAAGGCAGUUUUGUAAAUAAGAAGGUUGGCUAGGGGAUGAUGCUAAACAAGCUACAUGUAACAUGAGCAUCACGAUUUGCACGCAUGAAAACUGAGCAAACGUACGUGUAUAAAGUUGUCAAAAUUUUGAUGGUAUCAAAUUCAUAUCGCUUGCCUUGUAUAAUCAUUUAUUGGCCUUUCUUGCGCCAACUGUUCGCGUCUCUUCGAGCUUAGCGCAUGUUGAUUUUUUAAAACUUGAUAGAAUAAUAUUCACAGCUAAUGUAGAGGUCAACAUAGUAGAUGGUACCGUCUAAUUUUUGUUCUUUAUUCCUUGGAUUGUAAGCAAAUCAGACCAAAGAUUAAAACUUAUCAGCAUUGCUGUGAAAAUAUUUGGAGAUGAAUAAUAUAAAUUAGACAAUGUUUCAUAUAAUAUAAUGUGAUGCACUUGAUAUUUUGUUUCCUCAUGGCUGAAUAGAAAUAUAGUUUACCAGUGCAGAAUGAUAAA